UUCACAAAGCAGGUUCAACAAACUCUGAGUUAAAACCUUAACUCUGGGUUGAGCAACUCUGAGCUGUCAAACUCUAAGUUUUCGGUUUCAGAACAGGUGAUAACACUUAGUUCAAUCAACUCAGAGUCAAGGUAACCCUGAGUGAAGCUUGUGCAUGAGGAUAUAAAAAGCCUUCAUCAAUGGAACACAGAUAACAUGAUUCACCAUGGCAACAAGUGGUGCAACCCAACAGGCACCAAACGGACUUGGCAGCAGCUAAAGAUGAAAUAUAAAAAUGUAGUUCAAACAGCCAACAGAAAAAAGGCUGAGGCCCGCAAAACAGGUGGCGGUCCACCACCACCACCUCUCACAGAGGCUGAAAAGAUGGCCCUCAGUCAGAACAGUGGACGACCCAUUGCUGAGGGCAUCUCUGGGGGGAGUUCAUCGGACCCACCCACGCCCCAGGUCACAGGGGCCUACAUAAGAGUUACUGAUGGUGUAAUCUGUCUCGUUGAGCCUUCUGCCAUAACAGACCUCCAUGCUGUUGAGGAUGAUGAAGAAACCUUAUCAGCUGCCACAGAGAGGGAAGAUGCAGAGAGGCCUGCUGAAAGCCAUGCUGGAAAUUACAAUGGGGAAGAAGGUCCAUCAACCUCCACAGCACAGCUUACCUCACUCCCUGUGAAACAACUUUACAAGGUAUAUUUAGAAUCUCAAAUAAACAAAUCACACCUAGAAAUGGAGCACAUAAGGCUGCAGAUCACCAAAACAGAAAAGGAAAUACAACUGCUGGACCAUCAGUUAAAGGUGGGUGACGUGCCCACAGGUGGAUGUUUUUUAAUUGUUUCAACAACAAAGGAUUAACAACUGUACAAAAUUUGUCCUUCUAGGAAAUAAAGAAGACCUCAUAAAAUGA